AUGGACAAAGUGGUCCGCCUGUGUCAGAACCCCAGGCUGCAGCUCAAGAACAGCCCCCCCUAUAUUCUGGAUAUUUUACCUGAUGCCUACCAGCACCUCAGACUCAUUCUGGGAAAGUACGAGGAGAACCAGAAUCUCACACAGCUCAGUGAAAACGAGUACUUUAAAAUCUACAUCGACAGCCUGAUGAAGAAGUCCAAACGGGCCAUCCGACUCUUCAAAGAGGGCAAGGAGCGGAUGUACGAGGAGCAGUCUCAGGACAGAAGGAACCUGACCAAGCUGUCCCUGAUCUUCAGCCACAUGCUGGCCGAAAUCAAAGCCAUCUUCCCCGGAGGACACUUCCAGGGCGACACGUUCCGGAUCACCAAAGCUGACGCUGCCGACUUUUGGAGGAGAUUCUUUGGAGACAACUUUUCACCACGAGGGAAGACUGGAAUUAGUCUCAAAGUCACUGCGCAGUGCACCCAGGCAGUGCACCCAGUCAGUGCAUCCAGUCAGUGCACCCAGGCAGUGCACCCAGGCAGCGCACCCAGUCAGUGCACCCAGGCAGCGCACCCAGGCAGCGCACCCAGUCAGCGCACCCAGGCAGCGCACCCAGGCAGCGCACCCAGUCAGUGCACCCAGUCAGUGCACCCAGGCAGUGCACCCAGGCAGUGCACCCAGGCAGUGCACCCAGUCAGUGCACCCAGUCAGUGCACCCAGUCAGUGCACCCAGUCAGUGCACCCAGUCAGUGCACCCAGUCAGUGCACCCAGUCAGUGCACCCAGUCAGUGCACCCAGGCAGUGCACCCAGUCAGUGCACCCAGGCAGUGCACCCAGGCAGUGCACCCAGGCAGUGCACCCAGGCAGUGCACCCAGGCAGUGCACCCAGGCAGUGCACCCAGGCAGAGCACCCAGGACCCGAGGGAAUGA